UACUUUCCGACCCGAUGGCGGAAUCAUAAUCUGCUGUAUAUCCUCAUGGGGGUGGAACUACCGCUGGUGAUCAUCAUUUUGACCUUGACGGGGAUUGCGAACCAUGACACCUACCGCACGAAACUCUGGCAGGAUGGCGCCGAUAAUGGCUUCAACAGUGCCCCCAACGAGGCCCUCUACGCGGCGGCGAAUCAUCGCUCGUUUACAACUCCCUUGGUCUGGAGCGGGGUUAUCACUAAAUACAAUCUCGUCCUUGGCAUCCUGAGUGUCUUCAUGUGGAUCACCAAGAUCCCCCUCCACAUCCUCCACAUGAUGUAUCCGCCCCUCUGCGCCUUUGUCCACGCCGGCCUGGUCGCAGUCUGGAUCUACUCCGUGCGGUACCAGGCCGGCCCCGACAUGUCGGACCCGGAUCACCCUCAGCCCGGAGCCCCGUGGUACAUCACCAAGAAAUGCUCCGUGGCGGCCGUCAAGUCCAAUGUGCACUACUGCAUGCAGGCAAAAGCACUGUUUGCAUUCUCCAUUAUCAUCAUUCUCUACUACUUCUCCAUCACUUGCCUCAGCCUGCGCAACUGCCUCAUCACCGAGGAAGAGCGCGCGGAGAUUGAGGAGCGCCUCGAAGACGAGCGAGCCAUGAAGGAGUUCGAGGACUUUGUGCUCAAGUCCCCCGCCUUCCCGAUGACCCCGAUGCAGCCCCUGGGCAUGGGUAUGCCGCCCAAGUCCCCCAUGCACCACGUGACCUCUGCUCCGAGCGAUGGCGGCUCGUCUUCGGACCUGCCCCUGCGUCAACACUUCAGUACCCCGCAUCCCCGUCGCUCGAUGCAUCAGGAGUCAACGGAGACGCUGUCGAGCAAUCCGUCGCAACCACAGCCGUAUUUC